UCUCUGGGUUAGGAACAACCAACCACUCCCUCCCACCGUGCACGCCCCCUUUUGCCCCUCCUCGAUUCCAAACUUUAAAGUCAACAGGAAGAAGCAAAAUGAAUUCAAGAACUUCCCCCAAGUGUUUCAAGUUCAGUCAGCCCAGAUCUAGAUAAAAAAGGGCCGGCCCGAGUUCUAGCUCCAGCCCGGGAGAAGAAGGCUGCCGAGCCGCACCGGACUGGGGUUCUGGGCUGGGGCUGGGGGCGGGGUGGGGGCUGCACACAGCUGGCAGUGCAGAAGGCGAGAUAAGAUGGCAGACUGGGGGCCCACCGCCAAACAGGAGCCCGAGAUCGAGCUGUUUGUGAGGGCCGGUAUUGAUGGGGAGAGCAUUGGAAAUUGUCCCUUUUGCCAUCGUCUCUUCAUGGUCCUCUGGUUGAAAGGUGUCAAAUUCAAUGUUACUACUGUUGACAUGACCAGGAAACCUAUCGAGCUGAAGGAAUUAGCCCCAGGAACGAAUCCUCCUUUCUUGCUGUUUAACAAGGAACUUAAGACAGACUUCAUUAAGAUUGAGGAAUUCCUAGAGCAGGUUCUGGCUCCUCCAAGAUAUCCACGUUUGAGUCCCAAGUAUCCAGAGUCCUUUGAUGUGGGGUGUGACAUCUUUGCCAAGUUUUCUGCAUACAUUAAGAAUACACAGGAUACCAAUAAACAUCUGGAGAAAGCUUUGCUGAAGGAGUUUAAGCGUCUCGACAUCUAUCUGAACACGCCGCUUCCAGAGGAGAUCGAUCAGGACAGCGCAGAAGAAACCGUGGGCUCCAGAAGGAUGUUCCUGGAUGGAGAUCAACUGACCCUGGCAGACUGCAACCUGCUGCCUAAACUUCACAUCAUCAAGGUGGUUGCCAAGAAAUACCGGGACUUUGACAUCCCAGCUGAGUUCUCAGGAGUGUGGCGCUAUCUGGGAAAUGCCUAUGCCCGAGAGGAGUUCCGGCACACGUGCCCUGCAGAUAAGGAGAUUGAAAGCACUUACGCAUCUGUGGCUAAGAAAUGAGUUAGGAGAAGAAGAGCAUGUGUUCCCAAGUGAACAGUACCUAUGGAAGCUUCCUUUUGCAUCCAAUUCCCUCGUUACACUCGAAAUGGUGGCGGAACAUUUCGCCUUCCGCUUCUUCGGAAGAGAACUCUGCUUUCUAGCUAGCUAGCCAGCCAUCCCAAGUGCCCCCUUGCACAUUUUCUCUGUCAUUCAGCGUUUCCCAAGCAUCCAUUGUCCUGAUGGCAAAAUCAUUUCAGAACUGAAUCUCUAAGAGGCCUCUAACCCAAAAUCUCCGCAGAGUCAGAGUCCAGAUUGCUUGGGGAACUCGAAACCCCUGAUUUUCGCAGCUUUCCUGGCCUCUGGCCAAUAGUUCAUCCCACUUGAGUCAGGGGAAGGGAAGAAGCAUUUAUAAGAAACCUACUAUUCACAAUGAUCACCUCAUUUGAUCCUUAGAACAACCCUGGGAGGUGGGUGAUGUUAUGGUCCCAGUUUUACAGUUGAGGAAACUGAGGCAGACAGUGGCAAAGUAAUUUAACCCAGAGUCACUCAGCUAGUAAAGUUCUGAGGCUGGAUUUGAUCUCAGGUCUUCUUAAUUCCAAGCCUAUGCACCAGCUGCCUCAAUAGACAGUAACACUAGUCAGUUACCUCAACAGUCAAUAAACACUAUCGGCCUAUUCCCUGAGGACAUUGCCCCAAAUCAUUGGCCUCUCCAAACAUCAAUUCCUCUGAGCAUGUCUAUGAGUAACAGCUGGUGUUGUACAGGGCAGGUCACAUAGCUUACAAGUUCCAGGGCAUGGGAAAUGGUGUUAGGUGACUUCUAUCCAUUUUCUGAAUCAAUCCUUCACAGUGAAAGGCAUGAAGAAAAAUGCCAAAUGCCUUUGUUGUUAAUGCCCCUUUUUGACUCACGCACGCACGCACGCACGCACGGACGCGCACACAGACACACACAUGCACACACGUUCACACACAUCUACAUCUUUUACUGUAAUCAUUAAAUGAAAGGAGGAGCAUUUGGGAGAACCAAAAAGAAAGUUCAAAAGGACGGCCAGUGAGCUAGUCAAGGGUAGGCCACUCUGGAGCACCCUUCCAUACCUAGGAUCACUGAUAGCCCCCAUGAACAGAGAUAAGUAGCCUAGGAUGCCUGUUACUGCAUUCAAACUGCUAGCCAACUGUGAGGUGUUUAUUAACCAUCUUCCUUUUAUUGCCAGCUUCCCAUAAACCAAAGAGCCCACCAGAGGGACACAUUCCACAGAUCAGUGAGUGUACUCAUGGAUCCAAGUCACCAACUUGGAAUUUCCAUUCCCCACACACUAUCAUUCCGAAUUCUUUCUCUUGCUCUUCGCACACCAGCACAUGGCGCCCCGCCCUGGCAAUUUGCCUUUGCCUAUAGAAGUGCCUGGCCUCAAGAAGGGAGAAAAGGGGCAUCCCCGUGACGUGACCUCGGCUUCUCUUUGAAGAGUCCCAGGUUUCAAGGGUGUGCCAGCAGAUAAAGGACUAAGUUGCUCGGCCUGUCUGUGUAUAGAUGAGAGAUUUGAGGAAAACUAGUAAAGCUUCUCCUAAGCACCUUCUAUCUGCCAGGCACUCUGCUAAGUGCUCAGGAUACAAAGGAGGGCAAAAGGCAGUUCCUCCUAGUCUAUGGAAAAGUAACAGAGGAUUAGGAAAAGCAUUUUGCAGAAGGUGGGGCUUCAGCUGAGACAUGCAGGAAGCCAGAGAGUCUUGUUUAAAGAAGAGAAAGGAGGCUUGUGACACUGGAUCAAAUAGCAUGUCUGGGGGGUGAGGUGGGACUAAGGUGUAAGACAACUGGAAAGGCCUUUGAGUGCCAAGUAAGCACUUUGUAGCUGAUCCUGGAGGCAAUAGGGAGCCACUGGAGUUUAUUGAGUAGUGAUGUGAUGAGAUCUGUGUUUCAAAUGGAGAGGAACUCUGCAGACCUCUGAUAAGGCUAUUGUAGUAGUCCAGGCCUGAAGUAUAGCGGUGAGGGUCUGCGGUAGUCAAGUCAGAGGACUUAAGUGAUCCUCCAGAUGAAUUGACAAUGCCAUCCGCACAAGUCAAUAGAGAAUGUAAAACUCAAAGUUCUAGAUAAAUGUUAGCUAUUCGGAAAGACUGUUUUCUGUCCUCUGAGAGGCAGCUUUGGCCUCGGGGCAAGAGAUGUACCUGACACCUACUAGUUGUCUGACUCUGGGCAACUUGCCAACAUUUUUCAUGUGGCAACUCAAUGAGUUGCAGAGAAGGUACCAAAUUGAUGGGCUUUCAUCUCCUUGGAGUUCCCCAAGCCAAUAAUAAAAUCAGCUCUGGUCUGUGCUUUAGGGAAAAUGCCAGAACGUGACACUCACAGAUAAGUCACAGAAUGGAAGUUCUGGAGUCCUGAGACUUCUUGUGCUAUCGGUCAUCUUUUCUUGUUUUAUAAUAUCAUGAAUAAAAAUCAUUUUGUAUUUUC